CAUCUAGUAUUCUGCGUGCGUGUGCCCCAGUGUCCGUAGUCGCAAGUUGGUCGCUGGGCUGCGUUCCGCGGUUAGAGAGCCGAAAAGUUUUUCGACAUAUUCAACGCCUUUCGCAACACAUUAUCAACUUUAUCUUUUAACGAAAAUCAACUCCAUAAUUACAGUCAGCUCAGUUUUUAAUCAGCGUAUGCGACACUGACCUAGCGCAGGUCAGUGAUCUCGUAAAAUUACAUCGAGAUGUUAACUUUACAACAACUUUCCGGCUACUAGAUACUAAACGAACCUGCUUCUCAUCAAAGCGUCUGUAAAUUGAAUAAACUGAAGCAACAAAAUGGAAUUAAAAUGUUCAGUCCAGUCAUACGAGUGGGGGAAACGUGGUAUCGAAAGUACUGUAGCAAAUUUGGUCAAGGCAGCAAAUCCAGAUUUUUCCUUAGACGAGAGCAAGCCUUACGCAGAGCUUUGGAUGGGCACGCAUCCCAAUGGACCAUCAUAUUUGAAGGAGGGGAACAAAUUAUUGGCCGAAUAUAUUGAAGAGCACAACCAUAUGCUGGGCAAUGGUGUAAAAGAAACGUUCGGCCCUCAACUGCCAUUUUUAUUAAAAGUUUUGUCGAUUAACAAGGCUUUGUCAAUCCAAGCUCAUCCCAACAAGGAAGACGCUGAGAGGCUUCACAAGCUGAACCCUGGCGUUUACAAAGAUCCAAAUCACAAGCCAGAACUAGCGAUUGCUCUUACCCCGUUUGAAGCUCUGUGCGGAUUUCGUCCAAUAUCUGAAAUCAAGCAGUUCUUUAAGGUUGUUCCAGAAUUCCGUGCUGUUGUAGGAGAAGAUAAAAUAUUGGAACUGGUUAAUUCGGAUGAAGUAGGUCUUCAUGCAGCUCUCAAAAACUGCUUCAAAAAUAUUAUGACCUGUGAUCCAGGAUUUGUUGCAUUGCAACUCAAAAAAUUACUGAACAGACUAUCGCACUUAGAUGAAUCAGGUAGGCAAGCCCUCAAUGGCAGCUUGCUAGAGAAAUUACACUCUGAGUUUCCUGGAGAUGUCGGAUGCUUUGGUGUUUACUUGUUUAAUUGGGUAACGCUACAGCCUGGGGAAGCUUUAUUUCUAGGACCUAACGAGCCUCAUGCAUAUCUUUCGGGUGAUUGUAUCGAGUGUAUGGCUUGCUCAGACAAUGUUGUAAGAGCAGGAUUAACCCCAAAACCAAAAGAUGUAAAUACAUUAGUAGAUAUGUUGACAUACAACUGUGAGCCAGCAUCUGCCAAAAGGUUUCAACCGUCACGGGAAGAUGAGUGUACAGAAAUAUUCAGACCUCCAGUUCCUGAUUUUGCAGUUGCAAAGAUUACUAUACCACCUGGAAGAGCAGUAUACAAUUUAAUACCAAGAAGUACAGGCAGCAUUUUAAUUAUUGUCAAUGGCAAGGCAGAGAUUGGCCCCUCCAUAGUUCUUACACGAGGCUCCGCGAUAUUCAUACCAGCUAACGAGAAGAUUACCAUCAAAGUGCUAUGCGGUUGUCAUCCAAUGCUCAUGUUUCAAGCAAUGGUAAACCUUUGAGGAUAACAAACGCCUUGUAAUAAAAUUGGAACAUAUGCGACUUAUGGACACAUUCGGGAGAUUAGAUGAUGUCUCAUAUAUGAACAGCGUUGGGCUAGGUACAUUCCACACUUUCUUAAAAUAUCUAAGUAUGGAAAUGUAAUAGAAAUCGAAGAACUUAUUAAAAAAAGUGGCAUUUGUUAUCUACAUUACCCAUCAGAGCAAUUGCAUUCAUACCGUGCACAACACUGUCGACUUUUCAAUUUACCGAUAAUAUUGCUUUGAAUCUUUACACAGCGAUUAGUGUCGGUGAACUGGAAAACUCACAUCGAUUACAGAUUCGAUCAUCCAAUAUGUUCCUAGUCGGUAAACUUGCUUGUUUGUACCUGAUAAUUGUGAAAGUUUUUCAAAAUGAAUUUUGCUCUAUCAAUCGUUUUGAUAUUGUAACAUACAGACGAUAAGUUGGUGUAACAAGCUUACCACUCUCGAUGAGGGUAUAAAGUAAUCUUACAACGUCACUACUAGAUAUAUUGACGAAAUUUCAAAUAAAAGUUUUAGAUUGAUCUAUGUAUUUGAUUGAGACUUUUUCGAUUUCAGUUGCAUUCAAUUGUUGAGUUAAAUCGAAAGAGUCGAAGCUUCUCCCGAGAAUGCAAGUCUCAAUGUCAAACAGACGGAAGCCCUAAUUUCUAAGCAUCGUGUAAAUUGUGUACAUAUUUUUAAUGAAAGCUUUGUGCAUUGUCAUCGUGUAAGCCGUUCGAUAAGAAUUUUAUCGACA